AUGAAGCUUUCUUCAGCUGGUUUUAGUCCUCCACCUCAGGAAGGAGAAAAACGGGUUCUAGAUUCAGAACUUUGGCAUGCUUGUGCUGGUCCUCUUGUUUCUUUGCCAGCUGAUGGAAGCCGUGUGGUCUACUUUCCACAAGGUCACAGCGAACAGGUUGCUGUAUCUACCAACAGGGAAGUUGAUACUUAUAUCCCCAAUCCAAGCUUACCUCCCCAGCUUAUUUGUCAACUUCAUAAUCUUACUAUGCAUGCAGAUACAGAGACAGAUGAAGUGUAUGCACAAAUGACUUUGCAACCUCUAAAUCCUGAUGAGCAAAAGGAGGCAUAUCAUCCUGCAGAGUUGGGAACUGCAAAUAAACAGCCGACAAACUACUUUUGCAAAAUUUUGACUGCCAGUGAUACAAGCACUCAUGGGGGUUUCUCUGUUCCUCGCCGUGCAGCUGAAAAAGUUUUCCCUCCACUGGACUUUUCCCAACAGCCUCCUGCUCAAGAGUUGAUUGCAAGGGAUUUGCAUGGCAAUGACUGGAAAUUCAAACAUAUCUUCCGCGGCCAGCCCAAAAGGCAUUUGCUUACAACUGGGUGGAGUGUCUUUGUGAGUGCUAAAAGACUCGUUGCUGGAGAUUCAGUGCUGUUUAUAUGGAAUGAAAAAAAUCAGUUGCUUCUAGGCAUUCGGCGUGCCAACCGACCACAACAUAUGAUGCCUUCAUCAGUGUUGUCAAGUGACAGCAUGCACUUGGGGCUGCUUGCUGCUGCAGCUCACGCCGCUGCAACGAACAGUCGUUUCACCAUUUUCUAUAACCCACGUGCUAGCCCAUCAGAAUUCGUCAUUCCCCUAGCGAAGUAUGUUAAAGCUGUAUAUCACACUCGAGUUUCAGUUGGUAUGCGCUUCAGAAUGCUUUUUGAAACAGAGGAAUCUAGUGUUCGGCGAUACAUGGGAACAAUAACUGGCAUCAGUGACCUGGAUUCUGUCCGGUGGCCAAAUUCACAUUGGCGCUCAGUAAAGGUUGGGUGGGAUGAAUCCACAGCAGGUGAGAGGCAACCUAGAGUGUCUCUUUGGGAAAUUGAGCCGUUAACAACAUUUCCGAUGUAUCCAUCUCCAUUCCCUCUUAGGCUUAAACGACCAUGGCCUCCAGGUCUUCCUUCAUUCAACGGCUUGAAGGAUGAUGAUUUUGGCAUGAAUUCUCCACUAUUAUGGCUUCGAGACGCAGAUAGAGGGCUUCAAACUCUUAAUUUUCAAGGGAUGGGUGUUAAUCCUUGGAUGCAGGCGAGGCUCGAUCCAUCAUCUAUGAUGAAUUUGCAACCAGAUAUGUACCAUGCUAUGGCAGCUGCUGCACUUCAAGAUAUGAGGACAUUAGAUCCUUCUAAACAGCAUCCUGCUUCCAUGCUUCAAUUUCAGCAGGCACAGAAUUUUCCCAACGGUACUGCCGCUUUAAUGCAGAGCCAGAUGAUGCAGCAGUCUCAACCUCAGCAUGCUUUUCCAAAAAAUCAAGAACAUCAGCAUCCAUCUCAAUCUCAGGCUCAAACCCAACAGUUCCAGCAGCUUCUUCAGCAUCAGCACUCAUUCACUAAUCAAAGUUAUCAUCAACUGCAACAGCAGCAACAUCAGCAACAUCAGCAGCAGCAACAGCAGCAGCAGCAGCAUCAACAGCAGCAACAACAUCAACAUCAGCAGCACCAACAUCAACAACUGCAACAGCAGCAGCAACAACAAUCAAAACAGCAACAAGUUGUAGAUCAUCAGCAGAUUUCAAAUGCCGUCUCUACAAUGUCUCAGUUUGUUUCGGCACCUCAAUCUCAAUCAACGCAGCCCAUGCAAGCUAUCUCUUCAAUUGGCAAUCAGCAACAUUUUUCUGAUUCAAAUGGGAACCCUGCAACUACUGCAAUUGUUUCUCCUUUGCACAAUAUGUUAGGGUCAUUUUCAAAUGACGAAACAUCUCACCUUCUCAACUUCCCUAAACCAAACUCCUGGGUUCCGGUUCAAUCUUCAACAGCAUGGCCCUCCAAGCGUGUUGCCUUGGAUCCUCUUGUUUCUUCUGGAACAUCUCAUUAUGUUCUGCCUCAAAUGGAGCAGCUUGGGCAGUCACAAACUACCAUGUCUCAAAAUGCUAUUACCUUGCCACCAUUUCCUGGUAGGGAGUGUGCUCUCGAAGGGAACACUGAUCCACAAAACCAUCUUUUGUUCGGUUUUAACAUAGAGCCCUCGUCACAUCUAGUGUAUAACGAGAUGUCAAACCUUAAGGGUGUCAAUAGCAACUGUGACUCAUCAAAUGUGCCUUUUCAAUCUCCUACCUACCUGAAUAACACAGGCGCUGAUUCUUCAUUGAAUAAUGGAAUGGCACACGGUGUUGGCGAGUCGGGAUUCCUACAAACUUCUGAAAAUGGAGGUCAAGGAAACUCACCAAACAAAACCUUUGUGAAGGUUUACAAGUCAGGGUCCUUCGGAAGAUCGUUGGAUAUCACAAAAUUCUCUAACUACCCCGAGCUACGCAGCGAGCUUGCUCGUAUGUUUGGGCUUGAAGGUGAGUUGGAGGACCCUGUAAGAUCAGGCUGGCAGCUUGUAUUUGUUGAUCAAGAGAAUGACGUUCUUCUCCUCGGUGAUGGCCCGUGGCCGGAAUUUGUAAAUAGUGUAUGGUGCAUCAAGAUUCUUUCCCCUCAGGAAGUGCAGCAAAUGGGAAACAAUGGACUAGAGCUUCUAAACUCAGCUCCAACUCAGAGGCUCUCUAAUGGCAUCUGUGAUGACUACACCGGCCGCGAGGACCCGAGAACUCUAAGCACAGGUUUAACAUCUGUGGGGUCUUUAGACUACUGA